AUGGUGCUUAAGCUCCGUGCUUUCGCGGAUACAGGAGCGCCCCCAGGAAGCACGGACUACACCACUCUCGUCCUUCUCCACGGUUUCGUGUGGCAUUCUGGGAUAUUUGCGCGGCUAUUGCCUCUCGCGACCUCCUACAACGCCCGCGUCAUCCUUGUCAAUCGUCCGGACUACCCCGACGCCCCGCAGUAUACGGAUGAAGAGCGCGCUCUUCUCAAGGAUGUCUGCGCUCUCUCCGAUGACCCGGCCACGCUUGCAGACCGGCGUGAUCAGCUAUUGGAUUUCAUGAAAGAUCGGUCGCGCGAAGUCUACGACUUCCUCGGAGGCCUCGUUAUCGCCGGCGACGUCUCCCCCGCGGACAAAGCGAAGAACAAGGGGGGCAUCGUCAUCGGGGGAUGGUCCUUCGGGGCCGCAUGGAUCACCGCGCUCCUAACGUACGCGGACGCCUUCCCUAUUGAGCCCGUCGACCUCAGCAAGCACGUCCGCCAAGUUAUCCUCCACGACCCUGGGACCCGCAUCCUCGGCUACCCGACCGACGCCGUGCCGGACCCCUACAACCCGGCCGUCCCGCCCUUCCGCCCCGCCGACGGCGACCGCGCCGCGGACGUCUUCGUGAGCUGGGUCUCCGGCUACUUCUCCCACGGGUCCACCCUCGCCGCGUACGAGCGCCGCACGCCGCUCGCGCACCCCGCGCCGACAAUCGUGACGCUCUCCGCCGCUGAUCUCGCCGCCGCGCGCCAUGCGCCCGCGGCCGACCCCGCGACGGGCGCGGACGCGCUCCUGUUCCGCGCGGCGCUCGCCGCGGACGUCUUACGCCAGCUGCGGCAGCGUGCGCUCGCGCGAACGCCGGGGAGCGAGUGGGGCGUGGUGGGGGUGCGGCUGGUGUUGUGCACGCGGUCGGUGUGGGAGAUGCCGUACGCGGUGGACUGCGUGCUCGAGGAAUUGGAGACGGCGCGGGCGGAGGGGCGGCCGGUGAGGGACGUGGAGGUCGUCCGGGUGGAUGGCAACCAUUUUGUGCACUGGGACCGACCGGAGGAAGCGAUGCGCGGGUUCCUGGCAUGA